AUGGACCAACAGACAUCACAACCCAACAAGACACCAGUCCUGCUCCAGGAAUGCAUUCAACUCGUCUUGUCCUACCUUCAGUCCAGCCAACUACCAACCAUAUGCUCGCUUCUGCGUGUCAACAAGGCUCUCUUCCAACUCACCACCCCAAUCCUCUACCUGAACCCCUUCCUCAUCGUCCACUCCCGGAGUAUCUGGUCCGAGGACGAAAAGGCCGAGCGGUUGGAGCACCUCCUCCGUCUAUUCAUCUCUGAACUCGAUCCAGCCCUCCGAGCUCAAUUGCCUCCCUUGGCCUACACGGACGAGGACGACGAACAAGAAGACUGGAGCAGCAGUUCUGCAAUCGAUACUUUGCGAAGUCCAGCAGCGAUCCCGGAGAUCAGCCGAGGAUACUUUUACCACUACCGGCGGCUCGACCAUUCCUUCCUAGCCUCGCGCGCAAUUCCCAAGGUGUUUGCCUCGUUCUCCCGCACACAGAGCCAGGCUGUACUUGCACAGCUGGACAAGGUGUUUUUGCGCCAUUGUGGAGAACGUGCUCUGUCGAUCUGCAUGGCCACCCCUCGAGUAAAGUCCUUUAUGGGGAUCAUACCGAUCCUCAAGUGUCUUCGCCGGAUAGAGCUGCACAGGAUGGAGUGUGUCACGGACGAGAAUCUUCAGGAGAUGGUCGACUGGAUCACGACCCACAACGAGACUCAUGGAACGCUUCGAGAGCUCCAGAUGGGAGGGCACAGCGAGUACGACAACAGGUGCUAUGAUGAUGAUGAUCCCAACUCGCACCUUAGCGAUCUCAGACGGUACAAAGCCUCUGAGUUUGACGACGACGAUACCAACAGCCGACGCGACCUGGUCUUGCUCCCACAGGCGUAUCGUACAUUGACAGAGUUGGACACCAGGUCAUGGAGUGGCGCUUGGCCGAUGAUUGACCAGAUCCCUGUGGGGAAUCUGUUCCGGUUGGUGAUGGAUUAUGGUGAGGGGGUUGCGCCAGAAAAUGGGACAAGUUUCAUGCUUCGGUGCAAGAGGUUGAAGGUGCUGGAUCUGUAUGUCCCUGCACAGGACACGUUCCGCGAUGUGGCGCAUCUUUUCAAGUCUCGCUUCCUUCUAGGCUCUCUUUCUGACGACGACCAGUCAGCAGCAGCAACAGGAGCAAUUGCUCUGACCUCAACUGCACCUUCUCCGCUGACGCCAGCGAGGAACGCCCUGACAGACGGAACCGCGGUCCUGCCACCAGUGGAGAAACUGUACAUUUCCGGUCAUCACGGUAACCUCCGCAAUGCCCUCGAAGAAGCCCCUGUCGGUCUGAGCCGGACACUCCGGAUCCUCAAAGUGACAUCGAUGGAGCGCCACACUGUCGAGAAGCCCUCGAUCACAUGGGGAUACCCAUUACUCCAUGUCGAGAUGCCCUUCCUGGUCGACCUCCAACUCCAGGGUGAUAUUGCACUGGAGUUCCAUUUCGGAGUCCUGCGUUCAUGCCCGAACCUGAUCUCUCUCAAACUCAUGGUCAACGGACUCUUCUCCUGUGACCAGGCAGGCAAUCCCAUCGAUCCGAUUCUGUCACUUCGAAAACUGCAAUGCCUACAGUUAUUGGGCAAGUGGGCCUUGACGAGAGAGUUUUUGAAGGGGUUGGGAACCCGAUUGACGGCGUUAAAGAUAUUGGAUCUGGCACGGUGUUAUGGAGUCGAGUUGGAGGAGGUGCUGGAGGCGGUUGAAGGGUUGGAGUUUUUGUGGAGGGUUGGGUGGGAUAUGGAAGGAGGAGAGGAGCUUGAUGAUGCAGAGGAGCUUGUUGCGCGAUGGCGGACGAGGACGCCGCGCGUUACCGUAGGCUUUGUCCAAGCCGGCGAGUUCUACGCGUAA